AUGAACGCAGAAACGCAUACAACUAUUCGAAAUAUAAGUAAAAACUCAGUGGACUUUGUCCUUACAAAUACUGAUUUAUCAAUUGCAAAUUCUUUGCGACGCGUCGUUCUCGCAGAGAUUCCUACGGUUGCGAUUGACUUGGUUGAAAUUAACGUAAAUACGUCUGUUAUGCCUGAUGAAUUUUUAGCACAUCGUCUUGGUAUGAUUCCCUUGAAUAGUACCAACAUUGAUGAACCUCCGCCGGUCGGAUUGGAGUAUACAAGAAACUGUGAUUGUGAUCAGUACUGUGCCAAAUGUUCAGUUGAGAUGAACUUAAAUGCCAAGUGCCUUGGUGAAGGUACUAUGGAGGUAUAUGCAAGAGAUCUCGUCGUGUCAUCAAAUUCAGCACUGGGUCAACCUAUUCUUGCUGAUCCUAAAGCCAGAGGACCAUUAAUUUGCAAACUUCGUAAAGAGCAAGAAAUUUCUCUUCGGUGCAUCGCGAAAAAGGGUAUUGCCAAAGAACACGCCAAGUGGUCUCCAACUGCCGCUGUUGCCUUUGAGUAUGAUCCCUGGAACAAAUUACGACACACGGAUUAUUGGUUUGAAAAUGACGCAGAUGCUGAAUGGCCUAAGAGCAAAAACGCAGAUUGGGAAGAACCACCUCGUGAAGGAGAAGCAAUCAAUUAUCAAGAAGAACCGAGACGGUUCUACAUGGAAGUGGAAGGCGUCGGCUCAAUCCCUCCAAACGAAAUCAUGGUUCAGGGUUUGCGGGUUCUACAGGAAAAGCUUGCGGUUUUGGUUCGUGAUUUAGAUGAAGAACAACCUGCUCAAAUGACUACUAAUGAGGUUCCUAUGGAUGAGAAUCCAGAAAUGAACUGGUCCCCAUAUCAAAACGGAGGUGAUGCUGCUUGGUAA